AAAACGACUCAGUUACCGGCGCUCCACGUACGCCCUGUCUAGCCGGCCACGCGUCCCGGGGGGGCAGAGCCUGCCUCUAUAUAGCCUGAUGACGGCCAGGCACCAUGCAUCCAUCCCAUCAUCACCAACAACACAGAGGUAGUAGAAUUUAACGAGCAAGCAAGCAAUCAGCCACCAAAAAUCAUUCGAUCGAAACGACAGGCUUGAGCUUCGAGCAAGGACUCUCCGGGGGCUAGCAGCCAUGGCGUCGUCGGUGCCUGGGUGCGUGCAGUGCGGGACGCGGAGCAACCCGUGCCGGUGCAAGGUGGUCGGCCCGACGCUGGGGUUCCUGGCGUUCGUGGUGACCGGGGUGGUGGAGUGGCCGCUGGGCGCGGCGGUCUACCUGUUCCGCCACCGCAAGGGCCGCCGCAUCAUGGGACACCCGGCCAGGGUCGUCUACCCGCGCGUCUCCAGGGCCAUCCCCAUCUAAUCCCUAGCACAUCCUAAUCUAAU